GGUGUCGUGGCGGCCGCGAGGGACUUAAGUCACAACAAAUUAUCUUCAAUCAAGACCAGUCUCUUGGAUCACCUUCAUAGUCUUCAGGAAGUGAAGCUGAACUACAAUGAACUGGAGAUCAUUCCAGAUCUGGGACCAGUCUCUGCAAAUAUAACUCUUCUGUCUUUGUCCCUGGCUUGGUUCAUUUACUCAGGUGGUCAAACAUGGAAAGAUCUUCAUUAGAUCUGCUCUGUACUGUAUAUGCUGACGCGUAAGAGGGGGGAAAAAAGGACCAGUAACAAGAUUGCUAAUGUUUUGUCUGAACAUCUGAAGCCAUUUCAGAGACUAGAAACUUUGGACUUGAGCAACAACAACAUAUCAGAACUAAAAACGUCAUCAUUUCCAUCAUUACAGCUCAAGUAUCUGCAUUAUUUCAACAGAUAUCUUAACAAUAAUCGAAUAACCUCCAUGGAGCCUGGUACCUUUGAUAACUUGUCUACCACACUUCAAGUAUUGAAACUGAACAGGAACAAAAUUUCAGCAAUCCCUCAGAAGAUGUUUAAACUCUCCCAUCUGCAGCACCUGGAGCUGAAUCGCAACAAAAUUAAAAAAAUAGAUGGGCUUACUUUCCAAGGACUUCCAGCUUUGAAAUCAUUAAAGCUGCAGAGAAAUGGAGUUACGAGGCUCAUGGAUGGUGCUUUCUGGGGAUUGACGAACAUGGAAGUCUUGCAGCUGGACCAUAACAACUUAACAGAGGUAACCAAAGGCUGGCUUUAUGGCUUGCUGAUGCUGCAGCAACUCCAUCUCAGUCAAAAUGCCAUCAGCAGGAUCAGUCCUGAUGCCUGGGAAUUUUGCCAAAAACUCAGUGAGCUAGAUUUGACAUUCAAUCAAUUAGCAAGGUUAGAUGAUUCAAGCUUCAUUGGUUUAAGCGUGCUGGUUGGACUGUACAUUGGAAACAACAAAGUAAAUUACAUUGCUGAUUGUGCCUUCAGGGGACUUUCCAGUCUACAGAUUUUGGAUCUGAAAAACAAUGAAAUAUCCUGGACUAUUGAAGAUAUGAAUGGUGCUUUCUCUGGCCUAGAUAAACUUAGGAAGCUGAUGCUCCAAGGAAACAGGAUUAGAUCCAUUACAAAGAAAGCAUUUUCUGGUUUGGAUGCACUUGAACACUUAGAUCUAAGUAACAAUGCAAUUAUGUCAGUUCAAGGAAAUGCAUUUUCACAAAUGAAGAAACUCAAAGAAUUGCACUUCAACACAUCAAGUCUCUUGUGUGACUGCCAGUUAAAAUGGCUACCACAGUGGAUGUCAGAGAACAGCUUCCAGAGCUUUGUAAAUGCCAGUUGUGCCCAUCCUCAGCUGCUAAAAGGGAGAAGUAUUUUUGCUGUCAGCCUGGAUGGGUUUGUCUGUGAUGAUUUUCCUAAACCACAGAUCACCGUACAGCCAGAAACCCAGUCAGCAAUCAAAGGCUCCAAUUUGAGUUUUGUGUGUUCGGCAGCCAGCAGCAGUGAUUCCCCAAUGACUUUUGCAUGGAAAAAAGACAAUGAAUUACUGCAAGAUGCUGAAAUGGAGAAUUAUGCACACCUCCGGGCACAGGGCGGUGAAGUGAUGGAGUACACUACCAUUCUUCGACUGCGCAAUGUUGAGUUCAGUAAUGAAGGGAAAUACCAGUGUGUUAUUUCAAAUCACUUUGGUUCAUCUUACUCUGUGAAAGCCAAACUUACAGUAAACAUGCUGCCUUCAUUUACAAAGAUCCCCAUGGACUUAACCAUUCGAGCUGGAGCAAUGGCACGUUUGGAAUGUGCUGCAGUUGGGCAUCCUGUCCCACAGAUUGCUUGGCAGAAAGAUGGUGGAACAGAUUUUCCUGCAGCGCGCAAGAGGCGCAUGCAUGUCAUGCCUGAAGACGAUGUAUUCUUUAUUGUUGAUGUAAAGAUUGAGGACACAGGUGUUUAUAGCUGUACAGCUCAAAACACUGCUGGAAGCAUUUCAGCUAAUGCAACAUUAACAGUACUGGAAACACCAUCAUUUUUGCGGCCUUUGAUGGAUCGAACUGUAACAAAAGGGGAAACUGCAGUCUUGCAGUGUAUUGCUGGUGGUAGUCCUCCACCCCGACUGAACUGGACUAAGGAUGACAGCCCUCUCGUGGUAACAGAAAGACAUUUCUUUGCUGCAGGCAAUCAGUUACUAAUUAUUGUGGAUACAGAUGUAGAAGAUGCUGGAAAAUACACCUGUGAAAUGUCUAAUACGCUUGGGACAGAACGCGGCAACAUCCGUCUUAAUGUAAUUCCUACUCCCACUUGUGAUUCUCCUCAAAAUGUUGCCCCAUCACUUGAUGAUGAUGGAUGGGCCACAGUUGGCAUUGUGAUCAUAGCUGUGGUUUGCUGUGUGGUGGGCACUUCCUUGGUGUGGGUAAUCAUCAUCUACCACACAAGAAGGAGGAAUGAAGAUUGCAGCAUCACAAAUACAGAUGAAACAAAUUUGCCUGCUGACAUUCCCAGUUACCUGUCAUCCCAGGGGACACUAGCUGAAAGGCAGGAUGGAUAUGGCUCAUCUGAAAAUGGCAGUCAUCAUCAGUUCCUCACUUCUUCUGUGGGAGGGUAUUUCUUGCAGCAGAGAGACAGUAAUGGCAUGUGCCAUCUAGAUAACAGCAGUGAAACAGACUUGGAGGGUGUUGCAGAUCCAUUCCUAUGCCACUAUCUGGGGACUUCAGGGACUUUGUAUUUAAAAGGAAACACAUAUAGUUCUGAUGCAUUUGAAGCAUACAAUGCAAGUUGCAGCCCUGACCAAAGAACAGCAUGCUUGGAUCCUUAUGAGUCUGGAUAUUUAAGGAAAAAGGAAUGCUAUCAAUACUUGCCUCCACUGGAUGAUCCCUUUGACCAGUGUGUUGGCAUUAUCGGGAUGCAGGCUGCAAGUAGCAGAUUGAUUAAUUCUAUUUAUACUCAAAAUGAAGGAACUGGAUUAAAAAGCAAAAGUCUGAACUUGGACACAUUUGAUUUAAACAGAAGUUUGGAACCCUCAUCUGUUACGAGUAACAGCACUUUCAUGGGAACAUUUGGAAAGCCUUUAUGGAGGCCUCAGCUGGACACUUUUUCAAGUUGUAGGCAGCCAGCAAAUUGCCAACCGAAAACCUCCCGUAAUAAUCAUCAUGCCUCACUGGACUUUGAUGCAGAGGCAGAUGAAGAGGGAAAGGAAAGGACAGAUUCUAGAGGAGAAAAUAGCUUUUAUACUUGCAAACAGUCAUUUGAAAACUUUAGGACUUCUACUUUCCAAUCCUGUGAUUUGGAUACAUAGCUCUUUUUGGACUUGCUAUUGAUUUCUGGAACCAAAGAAAUACUUUGACAUACUACUACCUCAGUAUGAAACUUUAUUUAAAAAGAGACUAAGGAAAAGAAGAAGGAAAGAAAGAAACCACAUGAUGCUAUGAAUUCUGAAGAAAAAAAUGUAUUUUUAUUCCAAUAAAGCAUAAUUGUCAAAGUGCUCUUCGUUUGUUGUACUGAAAAAACAUUCCUUAUAAAAAUACUAUAUUUGUAAUUAUUUUAUAGCUUUUUUUAAUGCAAAUAUAUUUUGUAAAUUAAUGGUGUAAAUAAUACAGCACAUGUAUUUCUAUGUCAGACUUCAUUUUAUUGAAAUGAGCAGUAAGCAUUCUAAUUUUUUACUGUUACUUGUACCUUUUUACAAAUGGAAACUCCAUGCUGUUUGCAGGUAUCAUGCAUCUUAUUUGCACAUUACUUUUAAUAAAAUCUGCUGCUGUGUGGUCUCUGACCCACAUUAGUUUAUGAAGAAUGAACAGUGUGAAUUACGUUUCUAGACAGUGUUUUCUGAUGCAUGUUUGCACCUUUGUUUGACCUAAACUUGUACCUUUAGAUUUACUGUGUAAAAUAUGUUCAUCUUCAAAGAGUUGGUGUGGUCCUGCCAUGGCUGCUGGAAAAGUGGCUUGAAGCUAUUUCAACCAAAAUAAGUAUGCAAGUCUUUUCCACUUAGCGAAUUUCCACUGUGCACACACGCUCCCAAUUUUCAUGCACACAAGGCUGUAGUACUGCCAGUUUUUCCAUGCCUGUGUUGUAGUGUGCCUGCAUUUGUUGGAGGAUAUACACAGUAGAGGCACAAAUUCAUAUCAAGCUAUUCAGUAGAAGAAGAAAAAAGGCAUUGUAUAUCUGCCUGGUAACACUGCUCUUUUCUGAGCGGGUUAGUGUUCAGUGUUUGCCAAAUAUGCAGUGCAUGCCUGAGUCUUUGCUUUCCCAUACCCUUUCUCCCUCCUUUUUUGCUUCUACGACCACUCCAUGCCCAACAUGAGAAGGUAAUCCAAGUACAAGAUAAUGUUUACUUUGGUUUAAUUUGUGCUUCUGUUCCUUACUUGGCUGCCUUUCUCUGGUUAUAAAUGAGAUCUGUGCUUUAUUUAAUUGCUCAGUCAAGUUGAACAAUUGUGAAUUCUUGGUGGAUUAUAUUUGCAGUAAUGAACACAAUAUCUUCAACUCUAAGAAGUUGGAGAAAGAGGAUUGCUUAUUAUAACAUAGUAAUUAAAACUAAGUGAAAACACUCUAUUUUGGUUUUCUGUGUACGGAUACCUACUAUUUUAAAAAUCUGUGAAUCUUGUUGUCAUCACUCAAUUAGAACAGUGAGAUUCUAAAGUGGUUACUAUAGGAGACUGGCUUUUUAAAUCUGCCUGCUUUGAAGGUGCAAACUUACAUGGUUGCCAGAUAUCUUCUUUUAAACUAAAUUAAAUGCAGCUGUUAAAGUAGGCCAUCACAGGCAUCAUGGCUAAAGCUCGAGCAAAGAUUUCAUUGCCUGGUGUAGCUGAGUUAAGGGCUUUUAGUUGUAGCCAGAAACCUGGUACCCAGAUUGCAAUGCAAUUUCCCUUUACUUUAGGCACCAGUAUUAGAGACAGGAAGUUAAUCCAUCCUUGGUCGCUGGUGGUCUAAGUGUACAGAAUGGAUUUUGCGUGCUUUAGUUGAUCAUAUUGCCAGAUUUUUUGACUUAUUGUUAAUUUGUCUUCAUUGCUGCCAGAUGUGCUGAUGUGCUGACAGACACUGAUAUGGGUGUUUGAUUAUAAUUAAGUACAUUUGAAAGAGAUUAAUUUUUCAUGAGUUAAACAAAAGCUAUAAGUCAAUAAGGCAAGAAAUCUUAAAUUUUAUUCACUCGAUAGCUCUCGUUUUGCUCCCCCUCAACCCCCUCCCCACUGACCCCUUCUUUAGGGAGAGAAGAGCUGGGGGCUGUAAUAAGCUCGUGUUUGUAACCAAACAUUGCCUUUUUGACAUAUUAAAAAGCAACAAAGUUAUAAACAGUAAGUACAUUUUUCAUUCCAGAGUUAAUGUUUAUCCUUAAUAACUCCAUCAUAAAAACAAGCCUUAAAUUUAUUUUCUGUAGUGGGGGAGGGUUGAGAAAAAUGGCAAUGCCAUUUAUUACUUUUUCAUCUUCCUUGAAAAGAUCCUAAUCUUCCAAAGGCUUGGAUCUCUGUACCUAAAUAAAUGUUCAGGGUCAAUGAAUUUUAAAGGCUUUCUAUCAAAUUUCAUUUAGCAACCUAAACAUACAAAUGACUUAAACUUUUAUUUGAUGCCUUAAGUACCCAUAAAUGGAAGUGAAAGCUCCAAAGUCCUCUUUUCUGUCAGCCAGUUUUUGUGUUUAAUUAAUGGAUUGUGCUUAAAUAGAGUGGUAAUCUGUAAAUGUCUAAAUAGUUGCAAUAUCUUAAUAGUUCUUUUAAGGCCACUGAUGUAACCAAACAUCUGUUUUAAAGGCUUGCAAGUUCACUUGCCUUCGUUCUCUUCCCCCCCCCCUUUCUUUUUCCCCUCUGAAGAUUCAGAUGUUCGGGAGUUGGAUGUUUACACAGCUGAAAGCUAAAUUUUAAGUUGAUGUGAUGGGAAAAUAAGUUGCAGCCAGCAGUAAGAAAAUCUUAUACUGCAUCUCAGAGUCUUAGAAUGAGAAACAAGUGUUGCUGAAUGACAGACAUUUUGCAGUUUCAUGACCAGCAGCAAUUGAAAUCUUGUCGUGGACUCAAAACUUGUAGAAUGUUCUUUAAAGGCAGUAUGCUCUUAAUGCUUUACACAACAGAAUGUUUCGCUUGUUGAACUCAUGCAAGCAACUGCUGAGAUAUAGUUUCUGCAAGCCCUGAAUAAUAAUUUUAAAAAUUUUAGAUAAAUAUAGUUUCUCAUUUACCAGAAUCUCUCUGGAGCAAGCAUUUCAAAACAGUAACCUAAAUGGUGUGCAUAACACUGUGGAUACCUGCAUACUGGAGGCUGUUACUAUUUCAAAGACAAAACCUUACAGAGUGCUACAGUAUUUCAGCACCAAAUGCUUUAAUUUAGAGUUCUUUACUUCAGUGUAAAUGGAUCGUGACAAAUGGCAAAGAGCUAGGCCCAAAGUUUCUGCCAGAGAAUAUUGCCACUUCUCCAACCGAGGACUCAUUAGUGUCACCAAACAUUUCAGUUUCAGGGAUCUCUUGAACACUUAAGCCUUAUUCCUUGAGCUGCUUCAAAGAAGCUUAAAACUAAGAGGUAGAUUUGCGUUGCAAAAAUUUGUGUUCUGCCAGCCUUACAGACCAGGACCGUAAUUGAGGAUUGUGUUGCUUUUUGAAUAUAAAUAUAAGUAGAAAUUGUACUAGCUACUUGUAAGACUUCUUGUUGCAGAUGUGAUACAUCUCAGAGAAUUACACUUACAGAUUUUUGCCUUUUUUUCUCACUUUGUGUAUUGCUUUGUCAUAGAGAAUGUGACUGACUACUUGGAUGUCAGUUUACCAGCCUUAUGUAAUUAUUUUAUUAAGAAAAUAAGGGGAGAAAAGAGCCUCAACCUGUUUAGUGAAGGGAAGAAGCCAAUGUAUAACAAGAUGCAGUUCUUGUAUGUAACCAUUUUACUCCAAUUAAGAACUUACUAGAUACCUUACUUUAUUAUAUUUCAGGGAAGUGUUACUUACAACAGUGAAUAAAAGCAAUAGUAUAUUUGCUCACUAAUGUGUGGCAAAAGGUGCUUCUCAUGGUUUUUGUGCUAAAGUAUUUAGGGGUCAGUAGUUCCACUGAAAUAACAUAUGUGCACACCCUAUCACUUACCAAAAGGCACAUGUGGUCUCUCCUGUUUCCCAGGCUGCUCUUUUUCUCAGCUCAGUACUGCUCCCAUGUCCUCAGGGGACCUUCUUUGAUAACCUACACUAUUCUGCUUCCAGUUUCUCUGCUUGUCCUAUCACUGUGGUGUCAGGCUAGGACAAAUGGAUUCGGUUUACAGAGUAUAGUGCAGUUGC